AUGUUCAGCCGCUCAGGGUACCAAGCCCUUCCCUUGGGAGACUUUGACCGCUUCCAGCAGUCCAGCAUUGGGCUCUAUGGCACGCAGAAGGGUUUCUUUUCCUUUGGAGACAAGCAAGACCCGCUGGGACCAGCUGGGAAUGCCGCAGACUCCUCCCAGGGUUGGCUGACCUGGAUCUGCCAUGGGAUUAUCACCUCCUUGGUUUUCUUGCUGAUGGUUGUCACCUUCCCCAUCUCAGGAUGGUUUGCCUUGAAGGUGGUGCCCACCUAUGAGCGAAUGAUCAUCUUCCGCCUGGGUCGCAUCCGUGCGCCGCAGGGCCCUGGCGUGGUCCUGCUGCUGCCCUUUAUUGACCACUGGCAGCGGGUGGAUCUCAGGACAAGGGCCUUCAACGUGCCCCCCUGCAAGCUGACCUCCAAGGAUGGGGCAGUCAUCUCCAUGGGCGCUGAUGUCCAGUUCCGGGUGUGGGACCCCGUGUUGUCUGUCAUGAUGGUGAAGGACCUCAUCGCGGCCACCCGGAUGACGGCACAGAAUGCCAUGACCAAGAUCUUGGUGAAGAAGAGCCUUCAUGAGAUCCAGGUGGAGAAGCUGAGGAUUGGGGAGCAGCUGCUGCUGGAGAUUAACGACAUGACCAAGUCGUGGGGCCUGGAGGUGGACCGUGUGGAGCUGAUCAUGGAGGCUGUGCUGCAGCCACCCCAGGAGAACCUGGCAGGCCCUCUGACCACUGUGCCACCCGUGCCAGGGCUGCAGGGGCUGGAUGGCACCAUGCAGCAGCUGGUGCCAUCCAGCUUGGCCCACUUCUUCAGCAGCAGCCUGGCUCUGGCUGGUGGCGGGACCAGUGCUCCGGAGCCAGGAGACAGUGUGGAGACAGUGAACGAGGUGGAGCCUCCCACUGCUCCUCUCCUGGCCCGGAGAAAGCCUAGUGCAGAUGAGCUGCUCUCAGCGAUGGAGCCUGUCCUCUCUGAGACCCUGGUCAGCCAGGUGGGAGCAUCCUACCAGGUCAACAUCGCCCUGGCCAGCGGCACUUGGAGCUCCUACUUCAUAGACCUCUCCUCAGGCAGUGGGCGGAUUGGCCGUGGUGUGCCCGAGGGCAUCCCCGACGUCACGCUGGAAGUGGCCGAGAGAGACCUUCAGGACCUCUUUUUGGGUGACCUGCGCCCCCUGAGUGCCUACAUGAGUGGGAGGCUGCAGGUGAAAGGUGACCUGCACCUGGCCCUCAAGCUGGAGGAGCUCAUCAAGGCGAUGAAGCAGCAUAGAUAG